AUGAUUGAAAAGCUACCAAUUGACAAAAUCGACAUACGAUAUCUUUUAUCGAUGGCGAUAAUACUCAUUUCAAGCAUAAAGAAAAAGCGAACUACAUUUCAAAGCACUGUGCUUGCUAUUCUAAUAUUGUGGAUUGCGUUUGGAUUGAAAAAUACAGCAUUCGUAUUGGUCUCAAUUGCCAUCAAUAUUAUACUAUUGUGGAUAUUUAGACUCAACGAGUAUUGUUUUACCGUGCUGAACAUUCUGAAUCUAUACGUGUAUAAGAUGCUUGGUAAGAGCUUCGAGCCCAGAAUCCGUAGUACUUUUGAUGUGUCAGGUAUUCUGAUGCUUUUGACAGUGAAAAUGGGGUAUAUCUCUAAAUUCUUUGAUGGAAAUAUAGCAAAUAUACUGGACUAUAUAUUUUUUAUACCUGGCCUUGUUACUGGACCUACUGCACCUUACAGGGAAUUUGCUAAUCGAGAUAGAAAAGUUGACGUUGCAUUUCCCUAUAAACAAGCACUAAUAACACUUGUCUUCUUAACAUCACAUGCCUUUCUUCGUGUAUUUCCAUUCAAAGACUAUAUUUUAUCACCGGAUAUGCCUGUUAUCUUCAAGUUUAUUUUUUUAUAUCUGUUUAAUCUCUGUGGCAGAACUAAGUUUCAUUUUGCUUGGAAUUUUGCGCACUGCUGCUUUAUUUUGUAUAACUUGCCCGAGUAUCUCAACAUUGACUUUUGCAAGGUUGAAUUUACGGAGUCCGUUAGAGAGAUAUCGUCAUAUUGGAAUCAAUUUAUUAGUUUGUGGCUCAAAACUCUAUUUUUCAAUCCAUUAAAAGAGAAAUCAAUUUCGAAAGCAGUCAUAGUCAGCCACCUGAGUUCUGCAGCACUCCAUGGUAUUAAUCCUUGCUAUCUAAUAUUCUUUUUGUCAUUUGCUAUGUAUAGCAAGCCCGUAUCAUUUGCUAACAAUAUUUUGAAGUUCAAGAUACUAAAGCAAGUCCAAAUGAUUUUCUUCAUCUCAUACUUUUCCAUGCCCUUCUAUCUGCUAGAUGUAAAAGAAUUGUUUGCAAUCUGGAAGAAUGUAUAUUUCUAUGGCCAUGUUUACUUUACCUUUUGGUUUAUUUAUUACUGGGCAACGAAGAUAUUUAGAAAAUCUAAAAAAAUUAAAGAUGAAUCAAAAAAAGACUAA